ACACUUGCAUAGCUUUAUCUAUUUAGUAGAUGGCCCUACUUGAAUUGAGUUUUGAUUCCUAAGCAAUCAAUGUCUAAAUGCAUAUCACCCUUUUCACAUUUACAAUUGAGACCCUACUAACAAAGUGAAUGGGAAUUUGCUUGUUUCUUUCCUUUUCUGUGUCUUUUAUCCAACUGGGAUGUGAAUCCAUGUUUCAAGUAUUUAAAUAUACCGCCACAUUUUUGCAAUCUAUGCAAUAAUCAUAAACAACAUUUUCUCCCAUUCGCUCAAAGAAAAUGAGGAAAUCAUACUCCUCUUUUCAGCUUUUAGCAUUUUUGUUAUUUGUUCACGUUAUAGCAACUUGCUUAGCCUUGAAUAUUAGCACUGAUCAAACUUCUCCUCUAGCCUUGAAAACCCAAAUUACUUCAGACCCUUAUCAGAUUCUUUCAGAAAACUGGACUUCAUCAACCUCUGUUUGUAACUGGAUUGGAAUCACUUGUGGCUCUCGUCAUCAACGAGUUACUGUACUGAAUAUUUCAGACAUGGGAUUUUCGGGUACCAUCCCACCACAACUUGGUCACCUUUCCUUUCUUGUUUCGCUUGAUCUAAGCUACAACAACUUCCAUGGUGAACUUCCACCAGAGUUUUCUCGUUUGCGAAAAUUGAGAGUUAUUAAUCUUAGUUUCAACAACUUCACUGGACAAAUUCCUAAAUUUUUGGGUGAAUUUCAAGACCUUCAAAUGUUGUCUCUUGAAAACAAUAGUUUCAGUGGGUUCAUUCCUUCUUCUAUCUCUAACAUGAAGAAUCUUGGAUUCUUGAAUUUGAGGUACAACAAUCUGGAAGGAAAUAUUCCAACAGGAAUAGCCACUCUUCGGAGUUUGAAAUGGUUGAGUUUUGGAUUCAAUAAACUCAAUGGCUCCAAUGUGCUCUCCAUGUUCAACAUCUCGACACUAGAAUAUUUGGAUCUCAGAAAUGCUGGUUUAAUUGGUGAUUUUCCAUCUGAUUUGUGCCGUCGACUUCCAAGAUUGCAAAGGCUUGGACUUAAUUUCAACAUGUUAAGUGGAGAGAUACCAAGAAGUAUAUUAAAAUGCUCAGAACUUCAAGUCCUAUUGUUGUUGCAAAACAACUUUAUCGGAAAAAUUCCAAGAGAACUUGGGAAAUUACAACUGCUGCAAAUCUUAACUCUUGGGUUCAACAAGUUACAAGGAACAAUUCCUGAUGAGAUUGGUGAUCUUCAUAAUUUGAAACAAAUGGGCAUAGAAAAAAAUGCACUAAUAGGCUCAAUCCCUUUAACCAUAUUCAACAUUUCAUCACUUCAAGUUUUAUCAAUUUGGGACAACAAGCUUGAAGGACCUCUACCAAGAGAGGUUGGAAAUUUGACUAUGCUUAACGUACUUGAUCUUGGAAUUAAUAACUUGACAGGUGUAAUUCCAGAUGAAGUCGGUAACCUUCAAGAGUUGCUGGAGCUGAAGUUGGAUUUCAAUAACUUUAGUGGGUCGAUCCCUAUUGGUAUAUUUAAUAUCUCAACUCUUGCAUCUAUUUCACUCACACAAAACCACAUUUCAGGUAGUGGAAGUUUUGGUUCUGUUUACAAAGGGACAUUAGAAGAUGGGAUGAUAGUAGCUGUUAAAGUUUUCAAUGUGCAGUUGGAAGGAACAUUUCAAACCUUUGAUAGAGAAUGUGAGAUCUUGUGGAAUCUUCAUCAUAGAAAUCUAACAAAGAUCAUUAGCAGUUGUUGUAACUUAGAUUUUAAAGCAUUGGUACUUGAGUACAUGCCAAAUGUGAGCUUAGACAAUUUGCUAUAUUCUCAAGAUUAUUCUAUAAAUAUAAUGCAACAGUUGAAUGUCAUGGUCGAUGUCGCAUCUGCUUUGGAAUAUCUCCAUCAUGGUUACUUUGUACCUAUUAUUCAUUGUGAUCUGAAGCCUAGCAACGUCUUACUUGACAAAGACAUGGUGGGCCACCUGACAGACUUUGGCAUUGCAAAGCUUCUAACAAAAGAGGAAUCUAUUGCUCAUACUGCAACCUUUGCCACAAUUGGUUACAUUGCUCCAGAAUGUGGAUUGGAAGGCCUUAUAUCCAAGAGGUCUGAUGUUUAUAGUUAUGGUAUAAUGUUGCUGGAAACUUUUACAAAGAAGAAACCUAAUGAUGAAAUGUUCACGGGAGAUGUGGAUUUGAGAAGCUGGGUGCACAGUUCACUUCAUGAUAAGGUGGAUGAAAUCAUAGAUGCUGACUUACUAACAAUAGACGAAGAGAACUUAAACGAAAAAUUACAGUAUGUGUCAUCAAUCAUGGAGUUAGCCAUGAAUUGCAGAGCUAAAUCUCCAGUUGAAAGGAUGAACAUGACUGAUAUUGUAGUAGCAUUAGAAAAGAUCAAGCAACAGCUUUCUUCCCAAUAUUGAUCGAACGGCCUAAUGAUAUGACAUCAGGUACUUUCCAUAUCCCUUUUGGGAUGUAAAAACAAAGCUGUAAAUUUCACUAGUAUUUUAACCAUCAAUAAUUGUUCUGCAAAUGCUAUGCAGGAGAUUGUGUGGAUAUUGUAAGUGUCCUUCGUUGAGAUGAGUCUUCUGUACAAUGUGUUGCUAAUUUAAGGAUCAACAAACUGCAGUGCUUCUUAAUUUUAAGCAAAGUGUUCAUCAUCUGGCCUGUGUUAAUGAUCAUCCACAAAUGACAUUGUUGAACUGUGAUGAGUCAUUUACCCAUUGCUUUAGUCUUGUCUCCCUAUGAAAAUUGGUGUUUUAUCAACACGAUACCAUAGCUGUAGAUAUCAGCUUUAGCAGAAAUGAAUCAUUCAGCACUAUACGCUAUUCACGAAAUAGAGGUACUUAUCAUCUUUCAAAGCUAAUAAAAACAUAUUCUUUUAAUAAAAAAUGGUAAAACAUGGCUGCAGAAACACUUUGGAUGAAGUUGGAUAUCACAAUUACCUGGUGCCAUUAUCCACGGUUAUCCAUUGUACUUCUUUGAGCAAUAGACGCUCAACAGUUUGAAUACAUAAAGACGUGGUGCGAGUCCACUGACUCAGUGAAUGAUAAUAAAAAUAAUCCACAAUUUUAACAGGACAAGCAAAUUUGGAAAUCAUAAAGUUCUAGUCCUAGAUCCACCCUACUGAGACUGAAUUCUGAUGAAGCAUUAUAACUGCUUUAUGUUACACUACACCUCCUGCUCCUUUCUCAAAGUUUUCUUGUGAGAGGAGGUUUUAUUCAAAGUCAGUUCCUAUUACAGUUCCUAUUUAAUAGUACUCACAGAAAAGAGUUGCAAUCUAUACAACAACAAAAACAACAUACCAGUAUAUUCCCAUAGGUGGGGUCUGGCGAGGGUCGGUUGCACGCAGACCUUACCCCUACCUAUAUCACCAAAUAACUGAAUGCUUAAACUCCUAUCCUACAUCCACCAGAUUGAUUGGAAGCCAUCAAUCUUCACCAGAUUCUGGUUAUCGAUUUUUUCCAGCCAGAAAAAAUAAUGUUCUCUGUUCUGCUAUACC